CGAGAAUCCAGGACUGACUACGCACGUCUGCGGAUUGCUUGAUUGGACAAUGCCUCUCCAUCUCCUCCAAAAGAAAUCGUGGAACGUCUACUCCCCUGCGAACAUCGAGCGGGUCAAGCGUGAUGAAGCCAGGGCCCGUGACCAAGCCGCCGAACAAGAGAAGCACGACCUGCGGCGGGAGGCAGAUGAUAGACUGUCCCUUUUACAACAACAGAGCAAGGGCCAGAGCAGAAGCUUGAAACGCAAACUACCGGGAGAAGAUGAUACUGAUCGUGAUAUUCGACUCGCCUUGGGAAACACAUCCGCGGCCACGAGCAAAGAAGAACAAGACCAUGCCUCCCUUGUUGGUGCGAACAGCCAUAUAUCCCUGAUACCUUCCCCCGAGAAACGAUCUCGUGUCGAUCAAGAACAAAGGAAAGAUCCAUACACGGUCUACCUCUCCGACGCUGUUGGCGGGCGAGAUCGGCCUAAAGACGCAUGGUAUAUGUCGGUCCAGCCAGAGCAAGAAAAAUGGGGGGACGAGAAUCCUCGAAAACAGGAACGAGAACUCACACGGCUCAAUGCAAACGACCCUCUGGCAGCCAUGAAGAGAGGUGUGAAAGCUCUCAGGGAGAAUGAGAGACAAAGACAGGAGUGGAUGAGGGAGCGCGAAAGAGAUCUCGCAGAAGUCGAAGAGAUGGGAAGGAGGGAAAGACACGAUAGAAAGCGCAAAAAGAUGGCAGAGCAUGAUGGGAAUGACAUCGAAAGUCUCGAAGACUUCAAUUUGGACGAAGGAUAUACCAGACCAGAAAGUACUGGGCAACACCGAGAGCGCAAGGGCGAACAUCGACACAGAGAUCAUCACGGACAUCAUCACCAUCACCGUCAUCGACAUAGACGACGACACCGUGAUCAUCAGGCUGUGGAUGAGGAGCAUGGCCAACGCAAAGGGCAUGGAAGCAAGCCGGAGGAAAGAUGGUACGGACAGAUUCAGCAGUAAAGGAAUUGAGACGAGCUGACUGAAUCAAAACGAUAUAUUGCAGAAACGCGGCCACAGCUUUGUUUGCCUUAGUUGGAUGAUUGAAGAGCUACGCUAAAGGCCAUCUGCGCAGCCGAGAACAUUAUAUCCGCCCAGUCCUAAGACUCCUCCUCCAUUGAUCUGGCAGCAGGGUCAAUACUUGCGCGAUAUGAUCGGACUGAGAGUUGAGGUCGCCGUUGGCAGUGGCCGAGAACCUCUUGGAGUCUGCGCACGGCCUUCCCAACGCCCCGCGCAACUGUUCACAACGUUGAUAGAGGUUGUCAUGAUAUAUAUUGUUCAUCAUAACCUCCAAAGCCGACACCAGUGUCACUUCGAUCUCGUCACCGUCCAGGCUGGGCUUCUCCUUGCGCUUCUCUGCCGAAAUCCGCUCGAAAAUUUCCAAAAUAUGCUUCAAUGCCUUUGGGUUGGCAUAAUGGCUGAACGUACCCGCUUCGCUCUCCGGAAGAAAGGCCAUGCCCACAUUGAACAACAUCUGGACGGUAAUUUUGUGCAGACGCGACUCUGUGCCGUAGCUACAAUAGCGGCGGAUGGCCUGGUGCCAAUUUCUGAUAUACAGUCGUUGCCGCCGGGCAUCAGCGUCUGUCCAUUCCUUUGCCGAAAAUGCGGCAAUUGACUCCAACAACAAGCCUCUUGCCUGUCUCAAGGAAUGGACAACGGGAACAUCGCCUGUCGUGUCUUCCACGGGGCCUGUUCCAUCCAUCAACGGAUUGCUUGACGGAGGGUCUUCGGCGAGGACAGCUUUUGUGUACGAGUCGCACAAUCGAACGGCUCGCUCGAUCGGCGCCAUCGUGUCCAGCAUGGAUUGAGGCAACUUGUCUGACGAGGCCUUGAUCUCUCCCCAAAGGCGUGAAGCAGCUUUGAUAUGGACACCUGCCACUGCGUAAUUCCGUUGCAUGGUCUCGCAGACCCAAGCGACCAAGCAUGCCACGGUCAAGUUCACCUUGUCGGGCGCCUUUGCGUUGGCCAUCCUCGUGAUGGCGGCAUGAUAGUGCCAAAUCACACGUGGUGUCACUCUCGAUGUUGUUGCCUUGCGGUACAGACCGAGCUGCUCGUCGACCAGCGCUGCCGCCACCAUGAGAUGCCGGACGAUGGGGGAUUGCCAUGCCCAGCGAGGGACGAAACAGCACCAGAAAUCAUUGUCGGGCCCGAAAUUGCCCAAGGUCGGCCCAGUCCCCCUCAACCAAAAAUCCAAGCUGCGGCGCUCUUCAUCCGUGUCGCCAAACAAGACAUCGAUGGUGGCCGCCAAAUAAGGAUCCUGCCAGGACGAGGAGUCUGGAUUGCCGCCGCUUUCGCUCUCAAGGGCCGAAGUCGCGGCUCGUUUCUUGGGCUCUACUCCUUCAAAGAUCCACGGCCUGGGAGGAUUGUACCCCAGGCAGACUCGGCCGGAGCGAGUGCAUCUGAUUCACCAGGUGAGAACCACUCCGCGCUGAUUGCAGGGAAAUGUAGGAGAGCCAGGUCGGUACCUUUUGCAGCUUGGCUUAUGCUCGUCGCAUUUUAUUCUUCUAUGCCUUACGGACAAUAAGCACACGAACAGCAGCAAGGAGAAAGGAAGUCUAAUCACAUACUUGCAUGUCGUGCAGCCGCUCCGCACCUUGUGAUGAAGCUGCUUGAUACGAGGUUUGACUUCUGUAAAAGCGAGACCUGCUCUGUUGUCGUCCGCUUUACUUCGAGCGCUCUCGCCGACGGCGGGCAAGGAUCCAUUUGCCUUUGCCUUGCUUGGAUGAAACAUUAACGCUGACUUCCAGGACAGCUUGAGUCCCGCGCACUCACCCACGACGGUGUUGCAAAGCCACAUCGCCCUUGGCCAACACGCGGACUUUUGGGAGUUGUGGAGUUGUUUUCUCGGUCAUCGCUCUAAGAUAUCUCUCCCUCGAACAGUACUUGUGGACGUCGGUGUCAAGCGGCUAUGGAGACUCAACAUAGCACAGCCAGUGCUGGACAUUUGGCAGUCAACUGGCGGCUACAGACGAGAUCUAGUUGAGCGAGGAUGGAGAUUGAGCAAGAUACCAGCCUGGUGACGUCUCCAUAUACCAUUUCCAUGCGGCUUAGAAGACGGCGGACCGUGCAUCUCGAUCAUGGCUCGACCCCAGAUGCAAGCGCUAUGACCCACGACGUCAAUCAGGCCUCCAGCAUACACGACAGGGCUUAGUUAUAGGCACGAAUGGGGGCCAACUCGAAGCUCAGCACUGGGACCACCAGUGGUAACGUGGCACCCAGCAUGGUCAACCACCAGAUAUCCGCGUCUCAUUCAGGCAUACCUGGACUUACUAGAGUUGUCACCUUGCAGGGGAUGCUUUUCAGCUCUUCGGCUGGCCCCGCCUAUCAACUCGAGUUGACACGGCGAUUUGAUCCUGGUACCUGGCACGGGAAGUUCGUAUAGGACCCCCAAAGAUGGACAAGCUCCCUCGAUGCGGCUUUGAGCACGCAAGCAUGGAACUAAUUAGCGAAUCAAGCCUUUUCCACCAUUUCAGCCAACCGACCAUCAACCUAUCGUUGCAGCAGCGUGUGCUCAGGCGUUGACCCAGAACCUGGAACUGUGAGCAUCAAGGCGGGGAAAGCCCCUAUCAACCAAUGCCAGCUACCGCAUUUUUGCCUCCAUCCAACAGAUCAUCAGGC